AUAUUGAAAAUCUGCUGCAGAAGUACUAGUUGUGAGUGAAAUGAAAACAGGUAAAAGCAUUUCAAGACGGUUUGCUUUAGAAUAAGAACAUUCUAUCCACGUUAAAGGAUAACGUUGGUGUGCCAAAUUCAUACAUCCAUUAUGCGAGCUCUGUGUAUUGCAGCUUUGUACUGCAUUCUAUGGAUUCUCUGUGUUGCAAAAACCUGUUCGACUUAUUCUUCUUAUGAGGACGACGAAAGAAAGAAUAUUAUGCUGAAAUAUCUGCCAAUAAAGGUCAGCGGCGCUUUGGGAAGCGGAGCAGACGGAGUUUACGCUCUGAACCGGGAACGCCGAUCCCACCGCACUGACACUCCACAGCAAGCACUCACCACAGCGGAUCCAUGCCCCGGAGGCGGUUGUCCGGGCGCUCCUGACGGUGCCGGUCCCGGUUAACUUUUGCAGACAGUUGCGGCAAACUUUCUUUCAGCAGAAAAUUUUUCACGGUUCCACGGAUUUUAUAUUAUGGGAAGACGCAGAUCGAAUUUUUUCUUCGCUGUGCAGAUACAUGUUGCAAAUUCAGUGUUAAUGCAAAGACAGUACGUUAGGUGCUAAAAGGUAAGCACCGUUGUCGGUUUCGCUAGAAUGGUGCCAACAAAAAGCCGACGCUGAUUUUCCGUACCUUACGCACUGUUCGCUAAUUCUUUGUAAAGGAUUUUUCUAUGCUUACCCAGUCUGUAGUCGAUACUCGGAAAUAAUCAAAAUUAUUCGCGGUACAAGUUGUAGUGCGCUUAAUUCCGGUUAUCCCCAUAACUUGG